GAGUCUGUGACUCUUAUAACGCCAGAGAUGAGCGCAGGGAACGAUUCCAGCCUCCUUGUCUCUGCAGCAGGUCGGACUCCUCCAGGCUCACCAAGCACCGAUAAGAUGUCAGGCAAAGGCACCGUGGUUCUUGCCUACAGUGGAGGCCUGGACACGUCCUGUAUCCUGGUGUGGCUGAAGGAGCAAGGCUAUGAUGUUAUUGCCUACCUGGCCAACAUUGGACAGAAGGAGGACUUUGAAGAGGCCAGGAAGAAGGCACUGAAACUUGGAGCUAAAAAGGUUUUCAUCGAGGAUGUCAGUAAGGAAUUUGUGGAAGAGUUCAUCUGGCCAGCUGUUCAGUCCAGCGCCCUGUAUGAAGAUCGUUACCUCCUGGGCACCUCCCUCGCCAGACCUUGCAUUGCUCGAAAACAGGUGGAAAUUGCCCGUCGGGAAGGGGCUAAGUACGUGUCCCAUGGAGCUACAGGAAAGGGGAAUGACCAGAUCCGGUUUGAGCUCACCUGCUACUCCUUGGCCCCUCAGAUUAAGGUCAUAGCUCCCUGGAGGAUGCCUGAAUUCUACAAUAGGUUCAAAGGACGCAACGACCUGAUGGAGUAUGCCAAGCAACAUGGGAUCCCAGUUCCAGUCACCCCCAAGAACCCAUGGAGCAUGGAUGAGAACCUUAUGCACAUCAGCUACGAGGCCGGAAUUCUGGAGAACCCCAAGAGCCAAGCCCCUCCUGGCCUCUACACAAAGACCCAGGACCCUGCAAAGGCUCCCAACAGCCCAGAUGUCUUAGAGAUUCAGUUCAAGAGAGGUGUUCCCGUGCAGGUGACCAAUGUCAAAGAUGGCACAUCCCACCAUACAUCCCUGGAGCUCUUUCUCUACCUGAAUGAAAUUGCGGGUAAACAUGGGGUUGGCCGAAUUGACAUCGUGGAGAACCGCUUCAUUGGGAUGAAGUCCAGAGGUAUCUACGAGACCCCAGCGGGAACAAUCCUCUACCAUGCUCAUUUAGACAUUGAGGCUUUCACCAUGGAUCGAGAAGUGCGUAAAAUCAAACAGGGCCUAGGCUUGAAAUUCUCCGAAUUGGUGUACAAUGGUUUCUGGCACAGUCCGGAGUGUGAGUUUAUCCGCCACUGCAUUGCCAAGUCCCAGGAAGGGGUUGAGGGCAAGGUCCAGGUGUCUGUCUUCAAGGGCCAGGUCUACAUCCUUGGCCGAGAAUCUCCCCAAUCACUGUACAACGAAGAGCUGGUGAGCAUGAAUGUGCAGGGAGACUAUGAGCCUGCCGAUGCCACUGGCUUCAUCAACAUCAACUCCCUCAGGCUAAAGGAAUAUCAUCGUCUGCAGAGCAAGGUCACUGCCAAAUAGACUAAGCAGCUGUCAUUAAUGUGAAGCGUCUCUCAGUGUCGCUGCUGAUUUCCCCAAGUAAUGCCACUGAAUGUCCUGGCAUUCUGUGAUUGUUGUUCACUCUCCUGGGCUGCAGCUCAGCCAGGCUUUGUUUCCUGUUCCUAUAGCAGACAGAAGUGGUCUACAAGGGGGCAUGGGGGAGGAUAGAGUAGAAAAUACAACCAUAAUAAUAAUAACCAUAAUAAUAAUAAAAGACUACCGUGGAUAGAGUUUCUUUA